CGAAUGGCCAAAAAAAAGUAACAGUAAAUAACUUCUAUCUUCCAUGUGUACAGAUCUGGUUAUUUUUAUGUGUCUCUAUUGAAAAAGUAGACCAGGUAAUGAGGAUAUCUCCAGAAUACUAUGACCUGAUUACGCAAUCAACGGUGGUGCGGAACAUAAAAAACUGCUCUGGUGUUGUUUGAGACGACGGUAAAAUGAGCGGACAGCUGUUACGAACGACACCUGUUGUUUGGGUCACUUCUUUGUUCUCCGAUGAUGUCCACGGCUUAUGUCAUAUCCUUCCUCGGGAGCUACUGUCGUACCUGGAAUAUGCCCUUACCCUCGCAUGGCACCUAACCCUUUGGGUUGCUGUUUCCCCAGGUUGUAAUGUGGGGAAAGUUUGGAACGAACCCCAUACGAUUUCAUUUAAAGGCAUCUGGAAGUAGUACGACCUUGUGAAAAAGACGGUUCCCAGCACACUUGCUGAAAAUGAUCACGUUAUAGUGUAUACCUCUCUGAUAUAGAAAGAAUCUAUCCA